UUUUCCUCUGCUUCUACAUCCUUUCGCUGGGCCAAUACACUCUUUAUAAUUUCGCAACUUCGAUCGCUGGGAAACCUUGUCAAACAUCCGCAAUCGUGUUGCAAUCAAACACAAAUUGCUCAACCAGCUGUCACCCACUUCCCACUUCGCGCCUCGACUCUCCGAUAUGCCGCGCCGACGCGUAUCCGUCUCCUACUCAGCUCUCGAAGAAAGCAGGCCCCCUCUGCUGGAGACCCGAUGGGGGCUCUUGACAUACACUCUAUCACGCGUCCCGCCCCGAAAGCUUGCCGCGCUCCUCACCUACGCUUGGCUCAUAUUCCAGCUAUCAGAUCGGCAGUGGAUCGCACCCGAAGUCUGGGGGAAGGCAGGAGGGAGUAUUGUCGGUGUGCUGAGUAUGGUCACGGGAUUACUAUUAUCGUAUAGAUUUUCGACGGCUAUAGGAAAAUGGGACGAAGGAAAGAAGGUCUGGUCGGAAGUCCGGACCACUAUCAGAGAUGGAAUACGAGUGCUAUCUAUCUCGGGCGGAGAAGAUGUUAGCUUGGGGGUAAAUGUCUCUGAGAACGAUAGAAGACAUGAUCCUUCAUCGGGGAACACUGAUGAUAUUUGCACUCUGGUCAACAAUCGGACAGACGAGCUGUCCGGUUUACUUGUCGGAUUUGCGUUCGCUCUCCAACACCACCUGCACGGUACAAGACCUCUGCCUCAAGCACCGUUAUGUGACCUGCUUCCGCCAUCCUACCUUUCAUCUCUCAAAAGAACGGAUGCCCGAGUCCGAUUUGCGGAAGCUCACGCGGGACCAUCGGGCACCUUGCGCCGCAAACCAACCGGACUGCCAGGCUCAGAAGAGUCGGAAGGAGAUGACUGGGAGAUUGGGAACCUCAAAGAGAAUGCCGAGGAGGCCAUGUCGAAAUUCGCAGAGGCCAUCACGCAGUCAAAUGAGGCGGACAGUCAUCGGAGCCUGGAGCUGCAACAGCAACUCAAGCAGCUCAACAUUCCCGAGUCUUCGUCCGCCAUCGAUAACGGCACCGUUCCCACUCUGUCGGCUGAUAAGCAGCCGGCCAAGUCGAAUCUACACUCUCCCUACCCACCCAACUUGUCUCUUACGCUACUCAAGAUCAUGGAUGCGUAUGUGGAAGGUCUUGGAGGCCUUCCAGAGGAGAGAGGUGGUUGGAACGUGCCAAAGCGCGAAAGAGGAUUUGCUCUGAUAAAAUCGCUCAACAACCACCUCGGCAAGGCCGAAAGACUCUCAUCUAGUAUGUGCACGCUACGUGAAGUUCCGUUCACUGACCAGUGCUCUAGAUCCGCCCCCUCUACCUCUCACCCUCCAUCUCUCUCAUCUACUGACCAUCUACUUGGCCGCCAUCCCCUGCUCCCUCCUCUGCGUGGUCAAGGGCUGGCCAUUGGUGUUUAUCACUUUUAUCGCGGGGUGGUGCUUGCUUGGACUAGAAGCGCUCAUCAGCGAAGUCAGCGGUGUAUUCGGGUCUUCUGGUGGGUAUCAUCGGCAUCAGCAGACGCGGCUAAUUCAUGGUGUACAGAAAACCACCAUCCGCUGCCGAUCUUCACCCAGGAGAUACUGAACGAGUCUCUCGACAUAUCGCCUUCGUUCCUGCGGUAUUAUCGAUCUCGGGUGGCAGCCCGGGUAGGGGACGAUGUCGGAGAGGUGUUGGAGCUGGACAGGAGAGGGAGACGCAGUGCUGACGAGUGGCUGCCGAGCUUUAGAUAGAGACGCGCGUCUCUGGUGCCGUGGUGUUGUUGUAUCCCAAUGUACGGUUUUGUUCAUGGCCACUGCCCGGGCAUCUGCCCGAGCUAAUGCCCGGGGCGGAGAUGGGAGGGAAAGUCCGCUCGGGAGUAUAUCUGGUCAAUGACCGGAUCGCCGAAGUAUGUGUGUUGUAGGCGCGAUCGGGAUUUUUCCCUGAGGCACCAAACAUCUUAGCAAUGAGGACGAUGCCCUUGAAUCGGUGUG